UUCUUAAAGACACUAAAAGCUACUGUUUACACAUCUUUGGGCAAAUGAUAGGAUUGUAAUAAUUAAAUAUUGUUUGAUAAUUUAGUUCCAAUAUAGGCGUUCCAUUUUCUUCUUGACUUAACACCAUGGGGAAAAGACAACAUCAAAAGGAUAAAUUGUAUCUGACUUAUACAGAAUGGACGACUUUGUAUGGUGGGAAAAAAGAAGGACCAGAAAAGUCUAAUUUCCGUCGUUUGCCGUUUGAUCAUUGCUGUGUAAGCCUCCAGCCUUGGGAAAAUCCUUAUUGUGACCGAGAUGGAAAUAUUUUUGAACUUGAAGCGAUACUUGGAUUUCUGAAAAAGUUUAAGGUCAACCCUGUAACUGGAAAGCCUUUGGACUCCAAGUCUCUGAUCAAACUGACGUUUCACAAGAACGCCAAGGGAGAGCUUCACUGUCCUGUCUUGUACAAACCUCUCACCAAACACUCCCACAUGGUUGUGGUUGCCAAAACAGGAAAUGUCUUCUCACACGAGGCUGUGCAACAGUUGAAUAUUAAAAUAAAAUCUUGGAAAGACCUCCUGACGGAUGAACCUUUUGAGAAGGCUGAUUUAAUUACACUACAAGAUCCGUCCAACUUGGCAAAGUUUAAUAUCUCCAACUUCCAUCAUGUCAAGAACGACUUAAGAGUUGAAACUGAAGAAGAGCUUGAGGCCAAAGGGAACCCUGAGGCUCGUUUGAAAACAGUUUCAAAAGAAACAAGGGACAUUUUAGACACUCUCAACCGUGAGUACAAAGCUCCUGAAGUCAAAAAUGAGGAGAAAAAAAUCGCCGACAAGUUUAAUGCUGCUCAUUAUUCUACAGGAGCUGUGGCCGCCAGUUUCACAUCUACUGCGAUGGUUCCACAAACUGAACAUGAGGCAGCUAUCAUUGAAGAAGACCUUGUCCGCUAUGAGAGGGUUAAGAAGAAAGGUUAUGUUCGUUUGGUCACCAACUUCGGCCCACUGAAUCUUGAGUUGUAUUGUGACAUGGUUCCCAAAGCUUGUGAGAACUUCAUAAAACUUUGUGACAGAGGCUAUUACGACAACACAAAGUUCCAUCGCUCGAUUCGUAAUUUUAUGAUCCAAGGAGGAGAUCCCACAGGUACUGGCGAAGGUGGUGAGUCCAUUUGGGGGAAGCCUUUUGAGGACUUUUUCAAACCUAACUUGACCCACGCAGGGCGAGGGGUUCUGUCCAUGGCCAACUCAGGUCCUAACACCAACAAGUCUCAGUUUUUUCUGACGUAUCGGUCUUGCCGUCAUCUCGACAACAAACACACUGUGUUUGGAAGAGUGGUUGGUGGCUUGGAUACGUUGUCCAACAUGGAAAGAGUCGAAGUUGACAACAAGGACAGGCCAAUAGAGGACAUUAUAAUUGAGAAGGCUCAGGUGUUUGUGGAUCCUUAUGUGGAAGCUGAUGAACAGCUUGCGGCAGAAAGAUCUGAGGAACUGAAAAAGAGAGCAGAAGAAGCAGCUGCAGAGCAGACGUCGAAACCUCGAGUUGUUCCCAAUCAACCUUUGAAAGCCUUCCACGGAGGUGUGGGGAAGUAUAUUCGCCCAGAAACAUUAAACAGCAAAGAGAAAAUCUUAUCACCUUCAGAACCCCCGGCUAAGAAGAAGAAAGAGGUUGGUUAUCAGUUCAAAAACUUUAACUCCUGGUGAUCACAAAUUGUAUACUAAGAAGAAAACUAACUGUUCAAUACUUGUCAACUACGUUAACAGUGAUAGCUCAGUCUCAGAUAAUGAUGGACAAACUAAGUUAGACUAACUUACUAUCACUUCAAAUUGAAAGUUAAAAUUAUGAUAAAUGCAAUUUGAGUUUUAUAUUUGAAUCCAACAAUAGAACAAUAUAUUGUCUUGUUUUUAACGUUAAUUUCUAACUUAGGUGUUUAUUGCCUUUUAUAUAUUUCCCUCAGGUUAUUAUUGUCAAAAGUUCAACAUUAAAAAAAUUCCCUGAUGAAAAAAUA